GCCGGUGUCCCCAUACAGGCUCAAACGGACAAGAGGCAUCAGAGAUCUGCACCAUAGAUUUGCACCCUAUCUACAGCACCAAUUAAAAGACAAAUCUCGCUCAUCCCCAGAUUCAGUUCAUGCCAUGCAAAUUAUGCAAUAAAGAGACGGCUCCUUUAAAGCCUCCCUCCUUAACCAUUCUCAACUGCAUCCCCUGCUUUCUCAGAUACCCUCCACCACUCUUUUUCUCUCUCCCCUUCCUGCUUCACCACUCUCCAUCACUUAUAGUUGCAUGAGCCUCAGGGAGGGAAAGAAGGCCUAGAAGAAAAUAAGAAAGAAUGAAGCAUUUUGCUCUGCCUCUGCUCAUCGCCAUUGUCAUCCACCAGGCUUGUUUCCAUGCCCGCCUGGUGGAAGCAGGCGAUGGGUUCGUGAGGGCCAGAGGGAUACACUUCAUGCUGAACGGGAGCCCUUACUAUGCCAACGGCUUCAAUGCUUACUGGCUGAUGUACAUGGCCUCUGACCCUUCUCAGAGGCACCAGGUCUCGGCUGCAUUCAGGGAGGCCUCGAGCCAUGGCCUCACGGUGGCCAGGACCUGGGCCUUCAGCGACGGUGGCUAUAGGCCUCUUCAGUACUCCCCUGGUUCCUACAAUGAACAGAUGUUUCAGGGCUUGGAUUUUGUGAUAGCUGAAGCCCGAAGGUAUGGGAUCAAGCUCAUACUGAGCUUAGUGAAUGACUAUGAGAACUUUGGAGGGAAGAAGCAGUAUGUUAAUUGGGCCAGGAGUAGAGGGCAGUACUUGACGUCUGAUGAUGAUUUCUUCAGGAACCCUGUUGUCAAAGGUUUUUACAAGAAUCAUGUCAAGACUGUUCUUUAUAGACAUAACAGGUUCACUGGAGUACUCUACAAGGAUGAUCCGACAAUCAUGGCUUGGGAGCUCAUGAAUGAGCCUAGAUGCACAUCAGAUACUUCAGGAAGAACCAUUCAGGCUUGGAUAACGGAGAUGGCUUCUUUCGUGAAAUCAAUAGACCGGAAUCACUUGCUCGAAGUGGGUCUAGAAGGAUUUUAUGGACAGUCAACUCCUCAGAGGAAGAGACUUAAUCCCGGCUUCGAUAUUGGAACUGACUUCAUUGCAAACAAUCGAAUUCCUGGGAUUGACUUUGCCACCGCCCACUCGUAUCCUGACCAAUGGGUGUCGAGUUCGAAUGAUCAGUACCAGCUAUCCUUCUUGAACACCUGGCUCAACACCCACAUCCAAGAUGCUCAGUACAUCCUGAGGAAGCCGAUACUCCUGACCGAGUUUGGGAAAUCACAGAAGGACCACGGUUUCAGCACUUACCAGAGAGACCAGCUCUUCAACAUGGUCUACUACAAGGUGUAUGCGUCAGCUAAAAGAGGUGGGGCAGCCGCGGGAAGCCUGUUCUGGCAGCUUCUAACUGAAGGCAUGGACUCUUUCCGAGAUGGUUAUGAGGUUGUCCUCAACCAGAGCCCCUCAACUGCGAACAUCAUCGCGUAUCAGUCCCACAAGUUGUAUCAGAUUCGAAAGAUCUUUGCGAGGAUGAGAAACGUCGACAGAUGGAAAAGAGCACGGGCUGCACGUAACAGGGGAAGGCCAAUUGGGAAUUGAGGACACGCAUUUUAGUAAAACACUACGCAGGUUUCUAAAAAAUUUAGAGAGUUACUGAUAACAAUGAAGUUAUGUUUGGGAGUGGGCAACCUCUCUUUAGUGAUGAGUUGGUUCCUCGUCCAGGAGGGUAAGCUAAAAUUAAGAAGCAUAAAUGUGUGAUCUUUAUAGGUUUCUGCUCAUGUUAAGGGCAUCAUCCACCACCAUCUGAGAAGCUGCUGUAUGGAAGCUUAACCAGCGACAGUGAUUUUAUAUGGUUUCAAAUCAGUUUAUUUCCACAUCA